UCUUUGGAAUUUUAGUCUCCUUCACGCCUGUUGUUGAUUUUUUGUGUAUUGCGGCGUGCGUUUUUGGAUUUAACCGGUCGGCGGAAGACCCCGUCGAACCGGAAAAGUUAAGUGAAUUUACAAAAGUGCAGGAUACAAGAUAUAUUUUCAUUGGAAAUCCUCAAAGGUUCGCACACAGCUUAACAAGAACCAUCCUCUGGACUAAAUAACGCGUCUGGACAGUCAUGUUCACCCCGAGGAACCAAACGACUGUGAUGUCUGCACCGCUGGUGGUCGACUUGCUGUCCUCCGCCGGCAAUGGCGUGGAGAGAGCCCUAGCCGCAGACAGCUCUUUUCCAACUUUGCUGGAGACCACAAAGGUGUCCCAGCACUGUCUUCACACGGCCAGUGGCCUCGGUGAUAUGGACUAUGUGGCUCUAGACUCAAUUCUUCACGGAGUCAAUGUUAAACAGAUUCAAAACGUCGGCCAAGUUCCUCUGCCUAGAGAAAUUAGCCAGCACAUUAGGGCUUCUCACUACCACAGCAAGCAAGGCCUCUUCCCAGACAUCCACAGAGCUUGGAUGACAAUUGACAGUGACCUCUACCUUUGGUCAUAUGACCAGGGCGUAGACACGGCUUAUUACGAUCGUCUGGCUGAAACCAUUGUCGGAGUUGCUCUGGUGAAGCCUCGCCAGGGUGUCUUUCAACCUUUUGUGCGACGUUUGCUAGUUGUGGUCACUUGUGUUGAAGUUGUCAUCCUCGGAGUCACCUUUAGCCCUGGUCCUGCAGGCACAGACCUGCUCAACCUCAUUCCAGAUGCUGUUUACCAUCUCUCCUUGGACAACAGUGGUGUCACAACAACUGUUGGAACUGACGAUGGACGUAUCUUCCAAGGUGGUGACGACGGUUGUCUGUUUGAGAUUUUGUACAAAGGCAACGAUGGCUGGUUCGGCAAAAGCUGCAAAAGGAUAAACCACUCUCAGGGAAUGCUGUCCCUGCUGGUUCCUGCAUUCCUAACCUUCUCUGAAAAAGACAGUAUUGUUCAACUUGUGGUUGAUAACUCAAGAGGCCUCCUAUACGCUUUGUCUUCUAAAGGCACAAUCAGUGCCUAUCUCCUUGGACAGGACCCGGGCACAGUAACACAGCUUGCAUCAAUAUCAGAGUCGCAAAUUGUUCAGCAGGCAGUGAGCGUUGUUCGCACUCUAGAUGGUAGCACCUUCAAGCCGAUAGUGCACAUCCAGGCCUUGGAGACAUCCGAGUCGUCAUCUCUUCACCUGGUCGCAGUAACCUCAUCAGGAGCUCGUCUCUACAUGACCACACACUCUCUGGCCUCACUGGUCAUCAACAAUGCUCAGUGGGUUGGUGGAAAUCGACCCCAGGGUCUGCACCUGGUGCAUGUGCGGAUGCCGCCAGGGUACACAGCAGGAGCUAGCCAAGCCUCUCCUCAGCAUGUCUACCAAGCGCUGCACCACAGAGGCACUCUGUUGAUGGUCCAGCAGAGAGGUGAGCAGUCGACCAUUGCUUGCCUCAGCAGAGACUUGCUCCCCUCGGCCACCCACCUUGCCGAGACCGAGUCUCGACUCCAACUAGAUGACCGCGUUAUGCAAAUUGCUGAAGAGCCUAACCUUGCUUCCAACUCUAAAGAACCGCUGCUUGUCACUCAACACAUGGAGACGCAGGCUAAAUACGCAGUUUUGAGCUCCAAUGGAGUAAAUCUGCUUGCUAAACAACGACCAUCAGAUAUCAUGAAGGCAACUCUUCUUGCCAGUGGACCAGAGGGCCAAGCAACCAGAGCUCUCUUUUCUUUCCUUGGCGAAGACCAGGCUUGCGCCACUGCUUUGAUUCUGGCCUGUUUUGAAUCAAGUCCUAAUGUUGUUGACGCUGCCACCAGAGCUUUCCUCUUGCUUGGUUCUGAGCGCAGACAACUGGCUCCCAGUGCACAGAAUACUCCUGUAAUGUUCAACCCCAGCAGCGUUUCAACUCCAAUCAGGGUGCCAAAUCAACUUUCCAAUGCGGUCAGUGGUGUUUCCGGCAGACACGAGGGCAUGUACCUUUUGGUCUCAAGAAUCCUCCGCCCUCUGUGGAGUGUGACCACCUGUCGUCAGAUGCCCACGGACAACAAGAAAGUGGUGCUGACCAGCAAUUGCGAUGCCGAUCUUCUCGCCGCUGCCUGCACCUAUUUGGAAGCAGUCUCAGCAUUCCUGAAACGUAAUUUGCAUUUGCUGGUUCGUAGCAACCAAAAUGACACCAUCACGGACGCCGAGGAGAAAAAGUCUCUAGAGGCUUUGAAACACUUUGUCUGCCAUGCUCUUGAGGUUUUGGGUUUGUGGCACAUUGUGUGUGAGCACCAGCUGCAUGUUUUGGCUCCGCAGCUGCCCGCCGAUCUCCAGCUGGCGCUAACCAACACCACUUUCAAAGAGCUGCUCCUCUCUGGCCAGGAGAUAUGUGGCGCCCUCUUGGGUGCCCUGAUUGGACUCUACCUUUCUGACAAUGCGUCCAUAGAUGCCAUCAGUGCAAAGCUGCGCAGCACCUGUCCUUCCCUGUUUAGGUCAGAGGACGCUGCCUCGGCCAAGGCUAAGCAGCUGCUUCAACAAGCCCAGCACGAGAACAACAGCCCUGAGAAGAAUUUGCUCCUGACCAACGCCCUUAAGUUGCUGCAAGAAGCUGCUCCGCAUGUUGACCUACCCUCGGUCUGCCAGCAGCUUUUGAACCUCCAGUGCUAUGACGGCAUUGUGCGAGUUUGCACCGCCUGUGCCAAAGCAGAAGACCCUUAUGACAUGGGCCUGAAGCACUACUUGAAUGAGCUGCCAGCUGAGGAGACGGUUGGAGCAGAUUGUCUCAGAAGAAGAAUGGACACUUAUAAAGAGGCAGUGAACAGCCUAGACAAACUGUACAACCAACCUGAAGGCCACUUGGGAGGACGAAUGCUUUUGCAAAGUUGUUUGAAGCAGUCCGACGCUUUGUUGAGAGAAUCUGUGUUUGAGUGGCUGCUGCGGAAAGGACUGAUGCAGUCGGAACUGUUGCAGAGAGCAGAACCCACGCCGGAAGGACUUGAGGCCUUCCUGCAGCGACUUCAAUUGAAAUCCAGAACUGAUGGUCGGGAUGAUCGAAAUGUCUCGGAGCUUCUUUGGACAUUGUAUGAAAAAACUGGCCGGCAUGCUAUGGCAGCCAGUGUGCUUCACAAAGCUGCUACCGCACCAGAGCCACACAUGCAACUUCAGGAGCGCAUCUACUGCCUGUCGAGGGCUCUCCUUUGCCUUCGAUCGUCAAGCGCUGGCUACAGUCAAUCAACUGGCCUCUUCAGCAAAGAACUCGAAGACCAGCUUGACGUUGCUAAGCUUCAAAUCAAAGUUUUGGAAGAAGUGCAGAAGCUGGACCACGACCUCAGCCCUGCCCAGCUUGAGAGACUGGAACAAACUUUAUUGACGAUAACAGACUUAUUCCAGCACUAUGCAGUUCCUCUCCAGCUCUGGGAAUGCCAACUAGCCAUAUUGCAGUGUUCCAACCAUGAGGACCCCAAUUUAGUUAAUGAUAUUUGGCAUCAAAUGAUUGCUUCAACGCGCCCUUUGAACUCUUUGCUCUCCAGAGUUGAGGCAGUCGGCAAACAUCUGCAGAGCCACUUGUUCCCCAUUGAAGUUCUGGCCAAGGAAAUUGAAGCUGUCGCUUGCCGGGACGGUACUGCCCCUGGCACUGUUGCCCUGUCUUUGGUGAAGGUUUCAGGACUAGAAAGUGUGAUGGCUGCUUAUGAAAAGCUCCUGCGGCAACCGGACUGGUCGUGGGGGGCUGCCGGAGAUGAGCACUACUUGAUGAAGUCAGCUGCCUUCCUCUUGGGUCAGCUGGCCGAGGUGCAGGCUGCGCAGAGACGGAAUGACGUGGUUGUUCUGGCGCUGGACAUGGCCACCUCAUGUCUGAACCAACUGUACACCAAAACGUGUGUCGAAGAACUCAUUGGACAAUUCCGUCGUCUCCAAUCUCUUUUUAAGACCAUGCUUUGAAAUGAUUUUUUUAAGUGUCGCGCUCAGUUUAAAAAUUUUUGUCAUCAAAUUUUAACUUCAUCGUCUCAGUUACUAAGUUUAUUCUGUAGCAGUUUCUUAUGAUAAGGUUUCUUAUGCAUUCAUUAAUUAUUACUCCCUUUACUGCCGAAAACAAGCAAUUGAGUACAAGCACAGCAGACAUGUGGUUCAAUGUUUUCAAAUUGAUACAAAAAAGCAUCAAAUGUUCUGUUGGAAAUAUUUUUGUUUUAUUAUACUUGAUUGCUUCAAAGAACUAAAUUAAACAACAAUUUUAUGG